ACAUCAGCUCCAGCAGGAGCAGCAGUCCUGAAAGAGGCGGGAUUUGUCAGUCGUCACUGUUGAAACUACCUAUCAGAGAGCGGGAUCUCCCAUAGCAACGCCAAUGAGCGACGAGGGGCUGCCCGGUUGCGAAGGUAGAGGCAAAGUAGUGUUUCCAGCGUCUGCUCGCCUGCCUGCCUGCCUGCCUGCCAGCUUGGACUGGCUUCUUGUUGGCAUCCCGAGUGGCAACAUUCUGCCCGCAUAUCUGGCAACUUACGGGCACGUCAAAAUGUCGGUGCCGGCGUGUGUGAUACAAUCUUUAAGUUAGCACCGCGAAAUUAUUUUUAAUAUAUAUAUUUUUUGCUUUUCGGCCAAUCGCGACUCUCCGGAACUGGAGCCCGAAGAUAUUACGAUGCCGUCGCCGAUGGAGGGACCGUCCAGAGAGGGGGACCUCUUUACGGUGAAACACGAGCUGAAGAACGCCAACCUGACGGGCCACGUGGAGAGGGUGGGAAUAGAAAACUUUGAGCUUUUGAAGGUGCUCGGCACUGGAGCAUACGGCAAGGUGUUCCUGGUGAGGAAGGUGAGCGGCCACGACGCCGGCAAGCUGUACGCCAUGAAGGUCCUGAAGAAGGCCACCAUCGUGCAGAAGGCCAAGACGGCGGAGCACACGCGCAGCGAGCGGCAGGUGCUGGAGCACAUCCGCCAGUCGCCGUACCUGGUCACGCUCCACUACGCCUUCCAGACCGACACCAAGCUGCACCUCAUUCUCGAUUACGUCAACGGCGGCGAGCUCUUCACACACCUGGUGCAGCGGGUGCGCUUCAAGGAGCAGGAAGUGGCGCUGUACAGCGGCGAGAUCGUGCUGGCGCUGGAGCAUCUCAACAAGCUCGGGAUUGUGUACCGCGACUUGAAGCUGGAAAACAUUUUGCUGGAUUCCAACGGUCACAUCGUUCUCACAGACUUUGGCCUCAGUAAAGAAUUUGAUCAGGUGGAUCGAGCCUUUUCCGUGUGCGGAACUAUCGAGUACAUGGCUCCAGAGAUCGUGGAAGGAGGCGAGUCCGGACACGACAAGGCGGUGGACUGGUGGAGUCUGGGCGUUCUGAUGUACGAGCUCCUGACCGGCGGCUCGCCCUUCACCAUAGACGGCGACGAGAACUCGCACACGGACAUCGCCAGGAGGAUUCUAAAAAAAGAUCCUCCUUUCCCCAAAGACAUGGCGCCACUGGCCAAAGACAUCAUCCAGCGACUGCUCACCAAAGACCCCAAGAAGAGGCUCGGCUCGGGUCCAAACGGUGUGGAGAAUGUCAAGAAGCAUCCAUUUUACCAGAAGAUCAACUGGGAGGACCUGGCGGCCAAAAAGGUGCCCGCCCCGUUCAAACCGGUCAUCCGGGACGAGCUGGAUGUCAGCAACUUUGCAGAGGAGUUCACGGAGAUGGAUCCAACCUACUCGCCCGCCGCUCUGCCUCAGAACUGUGACCGCAUCUUCCAGGGCUACUCUUUCAUGGCCCCCUCCAUCCUGUUCAAGAGGAACGCGGUGAUGGACGACCCCGUGCAGCUGUGCGGCGGCUCCGAGCGGCCCGGCUCGGUCGCGGUGGCCCGGAGCGCAAUGAUGAAGGACUCGCCUUUCUACGCGAGUUACGAGAUGGACUUGAAGGACAGCGCUCUGGGCGAGGGGAGCUUCUCCAUCUGCAGGCGCUGCACGCACAAGAAAACGGGGCAGAAAUAUGCCGUCAAGAUAGUCAGCAAGCGAAUGGAGGCACAGACUCAGCGAGAAAUUGCCGCUCUGAAGCUCUGCGACGGCCACCCAAACAUUGUCAAGUUGCACGAAAUUUUCCACGACCAGCUCCACACAUAUCUGGUCCUGGAGCUGCUCGGCGGAGGAGAGCUGCUGGAGCGCAUCCGCCGGAAGCAGCACUUCAGCGAGACCGAGGCCAGUCGCAUCAUGCGCAAGCUGGUGUCGGCGGUCAGCCACAUGCACGACGUAGGCGUGGUGCAUCGGGAUCUGAAACCAGAGAACCUGCUCUUCACCGAUGAGAGCGAGAGCUCCGAGAUCAAAAUCAUCGACUUUGGGUUCGCCCGCCUCAAGCCGCCGGACAAUCAGCUGCUGAAGACGCCCUGCUUCACUUUGCAGUACGCCGCGCCCGAGAUUCUCAAGUAUGACGGCUACGAUGAAUCAUGCGAUCUGUGGAGUCUGGGCGUCAUUCUGUACACCAUGCUGUCUGGCCAGGUUCCUUUCCAGUGUCAGGAGCAGAGCCUGACCCACACCAGCGCCGAGGAGAUCAUGAAGAAAAUCAAACAGGGAGACUUCUCCUUUGAAGGCGAGGCCUGGAGAAAUGUGUCGCAGCAGGCCAAAGAUCUCAUCCAAGAGCUGCUGACCGUGGACCCGAGCAAGCGGAUCAAGAUGUGCGGCCUCCGCUACAAUGCUUGGCUCCAGGACGACAGCCAGCUGUCUUCCAACCCGCUCAUGACGCCGGACAUCCUGGGCUCAUCCACCGCGUCGGUCCACACUUACGUCAAAGCUACCUUUAACGCGUUCAACAAAUGCAAGCGGGAAGGUUUCCACCUACAGACGGUGGACAAGGCGCCGCUGGCUAAGCGGCGGAAGAUGAAGAAAACCAGCACCAGCACGGAGACGCGCAGCAGUUCCGGCGAGAGCACCCACUCCUCGUCCUCAUCGUCGCAGUCCAGAGAGAAGAACUUUGCCGAGGGGGGCGACGGCGCCCACCGGCCCGCCGACUGCACGCCGGGCACCACGCCCGCGGGCACGCCCGUCGGAACGGACUCGGAGCAGCAGUGGCCGGCGCCUCCCGCCUUUCGCUUUUCCGACGGGAAGUGACGACCCUCUUUUCUCCUCCUUUUGGUUUUUGCAUGGCAAGCAUGCAGCAAGGAGCGGCAACCUCAAUAUCAAGCAAACCUCCACUAGCAAUAGCUCGUCCCGCUCUAAAUCCCGGGCCAACACACACACACACACACACAGACUCACUGAAACACACAAAAACACACACAAAAAACUGAAAUACAGUAUACUGAAACACUGAGACACGCACACAUAGAAACACACACACAAACAGACAGAAGAACGAGCAUAGGCACAAACACGGACACACAGAAAAAACACAAAAUCAAAUAGAAACAGAAACACACAGAAACAAACAUUCUCAAAGACACAGACAUACACAAAAACAUGAGCGCACACCAAAAAACACAAACACACACACAGAAACACAUUCACUGUGUGCAUCAGGGCCUGGACCAAGAAGGAGUUGUCAUGGGGGUAAAACCCCACAAGGGCUGCCCUCCUGUCCCAGCUCCCGACAUUUGCAGCUUCUAACCACCUCCAUCCUCGUCUUGCGUGUCGGUCCUUGCCUCCCCAGGUCCAAAGGGAAGUGUUUACUGCGAGAGAGGAAAUACGAACGCUCGGCCGCGUCGUCGGUCCACUUCCGCCGUCUUCUGCGAGACGGAGCACGGUAUUUAUACGCCAUUUGUACACCAGAGUAUUAAUGAUGAGAUGUAUUGUUAACUUAUUUACGGCUCAGAGGAAAGAGCGUGUGAAUACGGUGAGUCUUUAAAAGAAAGCUAUUUUGUGUACGUGCGUCUAAGCUCGAAAAGAUUUUUCCAAGAUGAGUUUGUAGUCUGUGGCGGAUUCCUUUUUAUAGAGCACGUCAACGCUAACUGGCGAACGAAGGCCUCUUGAGAGUAAGGUUAGCGUCAUUAACGGGAUUGUCAAAACGGUGUCGCCGGAUCCCAAAAGCUGCACUUAAAAUCAGCCGAAUCGGGCACUAUCUUUGUCCAUUCACUACAAAAGUACGCAUCCCCAGACUGGACAUGGAUUUUUCAAAAAAGAUUUUAAUUGUGGCUACAAAAUGCUAAUUUGUUAUGCUAACAUGUACAUUGCCUACUAAUUUGUGGCCAUGAAUUAGGUGUAAUCUGCGCACAGAAUACUAAUUUGUGGCCAAAGGUAAAAAUGCAAAUUAUUAAUUUAAUUCCUGGACCAUUGGGUAAGCAAAUUAAGCGCACCUUUUCUAGAAAGAGAAAGCUCGAGGACAUUGGCUAUUGCAGUUUCUAGCUAAGGUGCAUUCCAUUUGCUUUCCAAUAUGUCCAAAAUGUUAACUGGAAUGAUAUUUAAACCACAAAUUAAUAUUUCGCACGCAUAUUAUACCUAUUUUGUGGCCAUAGAUUAGUAUAUUGUGGGCACAAUUUAGUAUUUUGUGGCCACGAAUUAUCAUUUUGUGUGCACGUUAUAUCUGUUAUUGUGGCCAUAAGGAAAAUUUUUCCACGUCAUGUCUGGGGCUCCGCACUAAAGCGUUGAUGUGUCACACAAUCUCAAGGCAGUUGACGUGUGCUAAAAGUCACAAAGCAGACGACUCGAACAGUCCGUUCACUUCUUUUUGUGCUGAUUUAAAUAAUAAUUGUGCCAUAAAAAUUGCGAAUUGGUCGUGCAUAGGGACUUUAAAACAAGCUGGUUCUCUACACUUUCGUACUCCAAUCAAAAGGUGGCAGUGUUUUUUUAUUUUAUUUUAAAUGUAUUUAUUUAUUUUUUUUAAAUUGAGAAAGUCGGGACAUCUGCACCGAUUCUUCGAAAUGUAGCAUGUCACAUGAGCAUGAGCGAGGUAUCUCCACGAGGCAUCAGUUGUCUACUGAAAAAUAGAAUUUUAAAUGUGAAUUUUAAUGCACGGUAUAAGCACUUACAAUAUCAGCUAUUUUACAGCAGUUUGAUGUGGAAAUUGAUUGCGCACCAACCUUUUCCGCCUAAUACAGUGGAACCUCGAUUUAACGGACUAAUGGGGAGAGAGGUCAUCUGUUAAAAAAAAAAUAAAAAAUCAUUAAAUUGAAGUGCUUUUUCCGUGGCUUAAAAACACCAGUACAGUACAAAAUUAUUGAAAAUAAAUAUAAAAAGGUUUAUCCAAGCUUACCUCAUGGAUGCACGAAAGGGGUGUGUUUUUAGUCCCAACUGGACAUUAUUUUCUGUCUGUUAAAUUUGAAGUCCAUUAAAUCAGGGUCUGUUAAAUCGAGGUUCCACUGUACAGCAAGCUUGAGCCAGAUAGCUUAGCAUGAAGACUGAUGGGGAAAAAAAGCUAUCCACCUCCUUCGGAGUUGUUAGUGGUGUGAAAAUGUUUAUGGAUUUUGCAGGGUUUCCCACCUGGUCCGGUUUGAAUCUGGUGAAAAUCCGUUGAUAAGACGGCAAGUCAUCUGUUUAAAUCACCAUCAAGUCAAAGUCGAUUGGUCAGUUUCAAGCUCGCUCAAACGUUUUCUCACCAGAAGCGUACUGAAUUUUUUUUCUGGAACCGUUCUGGGACCAUUAACCACAAACCCGUUUCACACUGGCUGAUUUCCAGCUCGCUGCUGUGCUGUGUGUAAGAUACGGGUGAAGAAUGUUUGGGUGAUUUUAGUCGACCCGCAAACUAUUCUCCGAGUCGUAUCAGUUCUCGCACAUGCUCAGUUCUCGUUUGCGACGGCUUCGGUUUCUCAGAGGCAGAUGCUUGCGCACUGUUGCCAAAUCACGAAUUUUAGUGUUUCAGAAGCGAUGCAUGCGACCCGCACUCCGGCCCUCGUGUCCGUCUCGUCACCGCUUGUGUUCCGUGGACGUGUUCCCCUGCUAUAUUUUGUUUUGGUGGGAGCGCCCCCCCCCACCCUCCCGCCCCCAUCUUCCAUUCGGAUGCACUCAGUCGGAAAACCAAAGCGCGAUACGACCGCUGAUAAUAACCUCGAGGUAGCUGCUCCGCAAUCUCUCUCGGGCAAUUUAUGCAAAACCGGUGUUUGUUUUGUCCCACUGCGCCAAUCUUUCUCUCUUUGCUUUGAACUAUGCAUUUCCCCUUUUAUGCGUUGUUUUUUUUUUUUUUCUUUUCGGCCUCGCUUUUGUCCCGCCGUCGAGCCUCGCUGAUCUUUUCGCGCGACUCCAACCAAAGUGCGCACUUGCACCGGGUCCGUCGUCCACAAAGGGAACGGGAAAAGUGGGAACUGUGGAAUCCUUGAAGCAGCAGCGCUACGAAGCUCUCGUCUAACUUAGUACCCCUCCCCCCCACCCUCCAUCCUUUUGUUUGGGUGUAUUAAUAGCUCAAGUGGCGCAAAGAGGAAGAGUGUCCUACAUUGAGCACCCCCCAUCUCCCCACGGUCCCCUCUGGGAGCCAGGCUCUAUUAGAUGAUGUGCACCACUUGUGUUUGUUCAAAAGAAAACAUCAGCCUUUUACAUCAUUCCAUCCAUCCAGCAGCGCGUCCCCAGAAAGAGCCAGUCCAGAAGAUCGGUUCAAAUGAGCUCCUCCACCCUUCAACCCAGCUCCUUUGAUGUAGUCCUUGAAGUAGCCUGAAUGAGCGUCCACAUUUAUUCCACAUGAGGACAUUUCUCGACAUUUCCUUGAUGGACUAAUUGUUGUGAUUUUCCAAAAUAUUUUUCAGACUCCAUGCCAAGCAGACUAAUUGUUUCUGCAGGAAGUUGGUCGAGAGUAACGAUAGACCAAAGUUAAGGUUCGAUUCGCAUCUCGAUUUCUAACCCGUUUACGACAAACAUGAAAUUAUGCAGAAAAAUCAAAGGCCCACAAAUGAUUGGAUGUCGGGGGGGGAAAAAAUCACCAAUUACUGUUUUUCUAUAUUUAUAUAUAUUUCAUAUAUUUCAUGCUGUUUUUUGACUCAGUGAUACAUUGAUACUCUAAUUUUUUAAAAAUAGUUUCAGUGGAUAUAAAGUCUACACACAAACUGUUCAAAUGGCAGUUUUUUUAUGAUCAAAAAAUUAGACCAAGAUGAAUCAGUUCCAAACAUUUAAAAUCUUUGAAUGAUGUCUUUUUAAUCAAAAAAAAAAAAAAAAAUCAUCUAGUGUGGAGAUGUAAAAAAUAAACAGCUGACUGAAUCAAGCGUUAUAAAAUAUUAAUUAUCCAGGCAGUGUUUUAAGUGACAUUUUCAAAAUUCUUGACCAUCACACAAAAAGGGGAACCGCAAGAACCUGUGAUGCAAAAUUGGCUAAAUCUGAUUGUUUGUCUUCAUAAAUAUUGUUGUAGGAAACUUAUAUUAUGGAUGCCAUAUUGCACGGAGCAGCCUGGACAGAUUUGCGCAUACCAAACCGACCAACUGAGUAAUGUGCGUAAUGUGGUCCAUUUCUAAUUUGGAUCACCUUCAACUUUGGAGCUGCAGUGGUGGCCUAGGUAACAAACCACGCUGCGUCAUGUUUGCUAGCUAGUCUUGAACGUACGAGCGGUACCAUUAUGACUCCCAAAAUACGGAUCUGCGCCUUUAAUCCAGAUCCUCACCAAAUUUGAAAGCUCGUGGUGGCCCAAGACGUACACCUCGAAUCAAGCUGAAACACGUCCCAUUUUCCCGUUUUAGCCAGCGCUGGACUUGCAAAAAAAAAAAAAAAAAAUAAAAAGCUUCAUGAAAAGGACAAUUUGCCCUCGAUCCAUAGCGUGCCAUUUAGAUUUCGUUUCCAAAACGCUGUGAAAAUCACAAACAUUUCACUCGCCCGCCCGCCGCAAGUAGGGCACCUGUCAGCAUGUGGCGGCUUUUCUUCCCAGCAGCGCUCGCUCCCGGGGGGGACGGGGAUGGGGGCGUCACGUCUAUAAAUAACACCUUGAACUGUCUCGACGUGAAACAAUUUAGCAGGAAACUGUACAAAAAAAAAUCAAGUUCUUGAAGCCACAUGACUGCAUCAGCUCCACAUCCUUCAAAGUGGAUCAUAAUCACUUCCCAUUCUUUAUUUUUUUUAGUAAUUAAAGUGAUAUUUUUCUUAAUUGUACAGGCAGGUUUUAAAGUAGUAUUUGAACAUUUUUAAAUGUCUUACACAUGUAAAAAAAAAAAAAAAAAAAGAAAAAAAGAAGAAAAGAAAGUUAACCAUGGCGAAGGGUAAUGAAACCAAUUUUGUGGUUUUUUUUUGGUCACACUUUUCCACUUUUCAAUUUAAUUUAAAAAAUAAUUCCAUCAAAAUUAAAUGUCAAGAAUUGAAAACUUAAUGCAAAAUACAGUACAUUAGGCAAAAAUAUUAAAUAUUCAAAAUAUAAAAAAAAAAUACUAAAACAUAUUACAAAAGUAGAUGAAAUAUUUGACAAAUUGCUAGACAGAUUAUGAGAACAAUAAUAGAGAAAGAGCAGAUAUAAAAUAUUAGAUGAAUAAUGCAAUAAUAUUUUAAAAAAUAUAUUCCGUUUGCUCUUUUACGGUCAUCAUCACGUUUCCACAUUUGGAUUUAGUUCAAAAAUAAUUUGAUCAAAAUGAAAAGUGUCAACCAAGUACUUGGCAUGCAGUUACAUGAAAGUAUUAAAUUGAAAAUUUGAGAAAUACAGUGAAAAUGCAAACAUUUUAGACAGAAAAAUAAGGAAAUACAAAAUACAAUACAAUACUAAAUUAUGAGAAAAGGAAUACAAAAAUAUCUGGCAAAAAGAAUAUCCGAAGAAAUACAACAUAACACCAAAUUAUGAGAAAAAUGAAAAUGAACAAAAGUAUUAGAUGAAAAAUGCCACAAUGUUAGAAAAUAUUCAAUUUCCUAGUCCAUUGUCAUCAUUAAUUAAAAUACAACCCAUCCAAAAACAAAUGUAACAAAUUGUUGGAAAUAGAAUAUUUGUUUUUACAAAAUUAUGAGAAAAAAAUAAUAAAAUGUAUAAAAGUAGACUGAAAACGCCAUAAUAUACAAACAAAGUAAAUUUCACGUUCUAAAGUUAUCAUCACACAUUUCAACAUUUAUAUUAAUUUCAAAAAUUAUUUUGGUUAAACUGAAAAGUACUUGACAUACAUUACAUGAAAUGGUUUGAAGGAAAAAAAUAUAAUACAAUGAAGAAAUAUUAAACAAAAAAUUGUACUGUACUUUAUUUCUCCUCCAAAUGAACGUAUUUUAGCGUCACUUAAAAAAAAAACAGACUUUUGCAAGUAUUGCCCCAAAUUGCCUAACUUAGUAAGAUUUUGUAAACAUUUUGUAAAAAUCCUACUAAGUUCCUCGAGACUCGCAGCUGCUCCAUUUCCCAUUUUGUUCCCCUUCCCACGCCGAUUCCCAAAGUGGAAACAAAAUGUACUGUAGCAGUAAAUCCCUUUGAGAUGCCACACUUUGCACUCUGAUGUUUUUUUUUGUUUUUUUUAAAUGUUUAUCUGUUAAUUUGCAUCAACAAGAACCUCUGCAAAGAGUUUUUGCUUCUUUCUUUAUUGAACUUGUCGUCCACUGUGAAUCGUUUGAGGCCUUUAGCCUAGUGGGAGGAAGUACAUUAGAUGUCCUUAAACUAAAUUGUCGUUGAUUUGCUCAUUUCGUCAUUUGUAUUUUUUUUUUGGGGGGGGGGGGGGUGUCCAAACCCUGUUUUAAAGAUAAACUGUACCCAGGCGUGUUGUUUUAGGGAGCGGCCGCCAGAUGGCAGCAAAGCACAUGCAAAAGGAUAUCACGCUAUUUUAAGUCCCUAACAUCCUCCCAAAGCGACUGUAUGUUUUUUUUGUUAAAAAAAAAAAAAGUAACAAAACUACUGUAAUAAUUGUUGACUGAUCAGUUUGUUGUCUGCAGUUGUUUUCUUGACCCACCGCCCCCGACCAUUGUGUGAUGUGCAAAUAUAUUUAUAUUUAUUUUAGACCUUUAAGGUCCCUGGGAACUAUUUGUUUGUCACGUCACAAUAAAAUGUUCCUUAGUGUUUA